ACUGCAUGAAUUGCUUUUACUUUCAAUUUCAGCUUUAUUGUACCAUCCCAUUUGUGGAAAUGACUAGCUUCCUCAGCUCACUCUCUUUUUUUCCUUUAUAAAGGAGGGACACAAAAGAAAAGAGGAAGGAGGAACGAGAGCAAGGGGCUAGUGAAAGGCGACUGAAAACUCAAAACUUGGACCUGUGGUGCUGAAGAGCAGGCUCUUCUAGGUUGGCAGCUGCCAUGGAAUCUGGACCCAAAAUGUUGGCCCCUAUUUGCCUGGUGGAAAACAACAAUGACAAGCUGUUGGUGAACCAGCAAGCUGUCCAGAUUCUUGACAAGAUUUCUCAGCCAGUGGUGGUGGUGGCCAUUGUUGGACUGUACCGUACAGGCAAAUCCUACUUGAUGAACCGUCUGGCAGGAGAGAAUCAUGGCUUCCCUCUGGGCUCCACGGUGCAGUCUGAAACCAAGGGCAUCUGGAUGUGGUGCGUGCCCCACCCCUCCAAGCGAAACCACACCCUGGUCCUUCUGGACACCGAGGGUCUGGGCGAUGUGGGAAAGGUAAGGCAGGGAGUCAUAGGCAGGUUCUUUUUAUUCCAGACAUGAUCCUUGUAAUUUAAU